UGUCCUCUAUACCCUAAUUUCUUCUUCUUGGGUAUUCAUACAAGAGAAGAAUAUUGUGUUUUACAUGCAUGACGUAGUGAAGAAAGCCAACCCAACAGCCAUAGUAGUAGCAGGAGUAAAUGGGACAUCCUCAGAGCUCUUAAACUUUGGAACAGUGCUGGUUAUGGACGAUCUUCUGACUGAAGGGCCAUCUCGAUUCUCCUCUGUUGUGGGAAGGGCCAAAGGAUUAUAUGCAAGUUCAGAUGUGAAGGGCUAUGCAAUUCACAUGCUUUUCUCUGUUGUGUUUGAGAACAAAGAAUACAAUGGAAGCACACUUGAAUUCCAUGGAACAGAUCUCUGGACAAAAUCCUCUGGAACAGAAGUUUCUGUGGUGGGAGGAACGGGAAAAUUGAGGUAUGCUCGUGGGUAUUCCAUCGUUACUCUUAAUGCUGAUCCAGAUGACUAUGUUGGUUAUGUCAAAUUCAACACUACCUUCCGAGUAAAUUAAGAUCUUCACUUCCUAUAUUGGGUAUGC